AUGCUGGCUCUCCUGGCGUCCCUGCCGCCGCCACCGGGACUGAGGCGGCUCCUCCGGGCUCGCCCGUGGCUGGCACCGGCACGGCCUCUUUACGGGACUGCGGAGGUAGAAGAAGGAGCCGCGACCACCGGCCGCCGGCUAGGCUGGGCCGCGGCCGCCAGGGGGCGCCGUGAGGCCGCGCCGCAGCCAACCCCGAGCCGGGGGCUGCCGGGGCGGGGCGGGGCCUGGGGGGGGCGGCCGCGGGGCCCUAGGGAGAGCCCCCCGCGAGUGGGGCCCGGCCCGGGGGGGGCCCCGCGAGCAAUGGGGCCGAGCGUGGGGGGCUCCCCCUUAGCCGUGGGGCCGGGCCCCUGGGGCACCCGUCUGGCAGUGGGGCCGAGCGUGGGGGGCUCCCCCUCAGCCGUGGGGCCGGGCCCCUGGGGCACCUGUCUGGCAGUGGGGCCGAGCGUGGGGGGCUCCCCCUCAGCCGUGGGGCCAGGCCCCUGGGGCACCCGUCUGGCAGUGGGGCCGAGCGUGGGGGGCUCCUCCUUACCGGGGGGGGCAGGCCCCUGGGGCCCCCCCUUGCCCCUGAGGCCGGACCCGGGGGGUACCCCCCCAGACAGGAGGCCGGACCCCAAGGGCACCCCGAGAGCGCAGGUCCUGAGCCCGCAGCUGCGGGUCUCGGCCCCGCCGCCGCCCCCCAGCCCGCCUGGCACCGCCCUGGCACCGCCCUGGCCCUGGGCUGCGGGCGCCGAGCCCGGCUGGCACCGAGAAGACCCCCGGGGCCGCGGGGGCAGGGCCGGCAGGUGUCCCCCCGGAGCUGCCGUGCCUGCCCUGCUGGCUCUGCUGGCCUCCUGCUACCUCCGAGACCACCUCUCCAAGGCUGCCCUGGGCUGUGGUGGAGUCCCAAAGGCUUCUGAAGCUCUGCUGGAAGCUGCCAAGAUCAACAACACUGCAGAGGUCAACAGGUUGGUGCUGGAAGGUGCAGAUGUCAAUGCCAGGCACAAGCUGGGCUGGACAGCCCUGAUGGUGGCAGCCAUCAGCAGGAACUCCAGCGUGGUGAAGCUCCUGCUGGCAGCCAAAGCAGACCCAAACCUUGGAGAUGACUUCAGCAGUGUCUAUGAGAUGGCCAAGGAGAGAGGCCUCCAUUCUUUGGAAGUGCUGGUGACUCGUGAGGACCACUUCAACAACCGCCUCAACGUCAGGGCCAACUUCAAGGGCUGCACCGCCCUGCACUAUGCUGUGCUGGCUGAUGACUACCUGACAGUCAAGCUGCUGCUGGAGGGAGGUGCCAACCCCCUGCAGAAGAACGAGAUGGGGCACACAGCCCUGGACUAUGCCAGGGAGGGAGAGGUCAUGAACCUCCUGAAGGCUUCAGAGACCAAGUUCCUGGAGGAGCAGCGCAGGAGGGAGCUGGAGGAGCGCCGGCGGUUCCCCCUGGAGCAGCGGCUGAAGGAGCACAUCGUGGGCCAGGAGAGCGCCAUCGCCACCGUGGGGGCAGCCAUUCGGAGGAAGGAGAAUGGGUGGUAUGAUGAAGAGCACCCUCUGGUCUUCCUCUUCUUGGGAUCAUCAGGAAUAGGGAAGACAGAGCUGGCGAAGCAGACAGCCAAGUACCUGCACAAGGACGUCAAGAAGGGUUUCAUCAGGCUGGACAUGUCUGAGUUCCAGGAGAGGCAUGAGGUGGCCAAGUUCAUUGGCUCCCCCCCGGGCUACGUGGGGCACGAGGAGGGCGGGCAGCUGACCAAGAGGCUGAGGCAGUGUCCCAACGCCGUGGUGCUCUUCGACGAGGUGGACAAGGCUCACCCCGACGUCCUGACCAUCAUGCUGCAGCUCUUCGACGAGGGCAGGCUGACAGAUGGCAAGGGCAAAACCAUCGACUGCAAGGAUGCCAUCUUCAUCAUGACCUCCAACGUGGGCAGCGAGGAGAUCGCCCAGCACGCCCUGCAGCUGCGCCAGGAGGCCCUGGAGCUCAGCCAGAAGAGGAUGGCAGAGAACCUGGAGGAUGUCCACACGAGUGAGCAGAUCACCAUCUCCAAGCAGUUCAAGGAGAAGGUCAUCAGGCCCAUCCUGAAGGCCCACUUCAGGAGAGAUGAGUUCCUGGGCAGGAUCAAUGAGGUGGUCUACUUCCUGCCCUUCUGCCACUCGGAGCUCCUCCAGCUGGUCAACAAGGAGCUCAGCUUCUGGGCCAAGAAGGCCAAGGCCAGGCACAACAUCACUCUGCUGUGGGACAGAGAGGUCAUGGACGUCUUGGCUGAUGGCUACAACCUGCACUAUGGGGCAAGGUCCAUCAAACAUGAGGAGCUGCUGCCCAGGGGCUGCACCCUGAGGAUCACGGUGGAGGCCUCGGACAAGCGGCUGCUGAAGGCCCCGGGGGGGGCUCCUGCAGAGGGCGAGCACAAGGCGCCCACCCUCAGGCUGGAGAUCGUGGGGAAGGACAGCAAAGGCCGCAAGCUGGACAUCCAGGCCCCCCUGAGCCCCCAGAACCUCAGCUGCUUCCUCUAGGA